AUGCGGAAACGCAAUAAUAUGAUCCCGAAUGGUCAUUUUCAUAAGGAUUGGCAACGUUUUGUCAAAACCUGGUUCAAUCAAUCUGCUAGGAAAAUACGUCGCCAUAAAAGUCGUGUUAAGAAAGCAAGAGCUGUUGCUCCCAAGCCAGCAGGUCUUUUAAGACCCGUAGUUCAUUGCCCGACAUUCCGCUACCACACUAAAGUUCAUGCUGGUAGAGGAUUUACCCUGGCUGAGCUGAAAACAAGUGGUUUGAAUAAAAGAUUUGCCAGAACAGUCGGUAUUGCUGUUGAUCCACGUCGUCGCAAUAAAUCUGUUGAAUCCCUUCAAACAAAUGUACAACGUUUGAAAGAAUAUAGGGCCAAGUUGAUCCUCUUUCCAACGAAUGGAAAGAAACCUAAACCUGGUGAUGCAACUGAGGAAGAAGGGAGAUUGGCAACUCAGUUGAAAACAGAUCCGAUGCCAACAAGGCAUUGUAAGAUAUAA